AUCUCUCCCGCAGGCCGCAGCUUCGCCUCAGAACCGCUGCUUUCUCAGUUUCAGUUUUAUUUCACCCAGAUCAUCAGAUUCUUCCUGAAACAUCUUCACGUGGUUAGCAAGAAAGUAAUUUCUUAUUUACUGAGUCGAUCUCUGAGGAUUUAUAAAAACAAGUGUCAUUAUGAGGAAGCGCUGUGGUCUCCUGUCUCACAAAAAUGUGCCAGUUCCUCUGAAGAGCAUCUCAGUGCAGCUGCAGGUUCGGGAUCACGUGGCCUCCGUCAGCUCCAGUCUGCAGUAUGUCAAUGAGGAGGAACGUCCACUGGAGGCCUUGUUCGUCUUCCCGCUGCCCACGGAUGCCGCCGUCUGCCACUUCAAUGCCAAGAUCGGAGAGCAGGAGAUUGUGGCGGAGGUGCAAGACAAACAGAGCGCACGGGAUCAGUAUGAUGAUGCUGUGAGUUCGGGUCAGCAAGCGUUUCUGUUGGAAAAGAGCGAUUACAGUUCGAAUGUGUUCAAACUGAGUGUUGGCUGUUUGUCUCCGGGUCAGAACGCCUCCAUCACCAUCAUCUAUGUGAUCGAGCUCAGUGUUCAGGCCGACCACGCGCUGCGUUUCUGUCUGCCAGCUGUACUCAACCCCAGAUACACACCUGCAGCUUUAGCCGCUGGUGUUCCAGAAAUUUCCUCAGCAUAUGUUAUUCCGUACACACUGUCUCUGAGUGUCGAUGUGAGAUCGUCAGACCGCAUCUCCAGACUGGAGUCCAACUGCCCUCUGGAUCCUCUGGUGUUCCUCGAUUUUGAACACACUCACGCCACGGUGAAUCUGAGUGCUGGUCACCGGUUCGAUAAGGAUGUUGAGCUGCUUCUGUACUAUGAGAAUACCCAUCAGCCCACUGCUGUCGUGGAGGCCGGAGCAGCCACAGCUCAGCCAGGCUCUCUGAUGGGCGACCCGGUGCUCAUGAUCAGUUUGUACCCAGAGUUCCCUGCGGAUGUGAUGGCAUCAUUGGCAUCUCAAGGCGAGUUUGUUUUUCUGGUGGACAGAUCAGGCAGUAUGCGCUGCAAAAUGCAUCGUGGGAAAGACGCACGGAUGCGCAUCAAAAGUGCAAGAGACACGCUGCUGCUGCUGCUUAAGAGUCUGCCGAUGGGUUGCUACUUCAACAUCUAUGGAUUCGGCUCUCACUUUGAGUCUUUCUUCCCUCAGAGUGUUGUGUACAGCCAGGACACGAUGGAAGAGGCUCUAAAGAGAGUGAAGAACAUGAAGGCAGACAUGGGCGGCACAGAGAUCCUACAGCCUCUGAAACACAUCUACAGGCAGCCCUGUUACCCUGAUCACCCCCGACAGCUGUUCAUCUUCACUGAUGGAGAGGUGCGGAACACUAAAGAGGUGCUGGAUCUGGUGAAAAGUCACGCUCACUCUCACAGGUGUUUCUCCUUCGGGAUUGGCAAGAGUGCGAGUACAGCUCUCAUCAAAGGAAUGGCCAGAGAAAGUUCUGGUCAUGCUCAGUUCAUCAGAGGCACUAAACGCAUGCAGCCCAAAGUGAUGCAGUCACUCAGGUUUGCUCUCCAGCCAGCUGUGGAUAAUAUCUCUGUGGAUUGGAUCGUUCCCGAGGGCGUUACGGUGGACAUGCUGUCCCCACCCAUCAGUGUCCUGUUCGAGGGUCAGAGGGCGCUCAUCUAUGCUCAGCUGAUAGGACAGAGUUCAGGAAAGACAGAAGGAGCAGUAACUCUGAAAUACAGGCUGAAAGAUCAACCAGUGACUAACCAGCUCCAGUUUACUCUUAAACCAACAGAAGACACAGGACGGACGAUCCACCAGUUGGCAGCCCGGUCUGUGAUCCGCUCUCUGGAGCUGGAGGAGCAGGCCGGAGGAGCAGACGCAGAGGCUGUCAGGAGCAGGAUCGUGGAACUCAGUGUUCAGGCAGGAGUUAGCAGCGUUCAUACAGCCUUCAUCUGCGUCAAUAAAGACAGCAAACAGACCAUCCGAGGGCCAAUGCUGCAGAGGAGAGUUCCAGUAUGCAAUAGAUUCCAGAAGUUUCCAGCAUUGGCUCCCUCUAAGAGAAUGCUCGAAUUGGCGGCUCCUGUGGCAUAUUGUAUAAGGAGGAGAGGUAGACCGCCAACUGCGGCUCCUCUAAUGGCUCCUCCAAAGUACAAACUCGAGCCCCAGACAGACCCUUUGCUCCAGCUGGUCUCUCUUCAGAAGGCCACGGGAUGCUGGGAACUGAAUGCAGCACUGGCCAACGUGUUUGGGAAGACUGAGGACGAGGUGACCAAUCACAGACCUGUGCAGGUGGACGGGUCAGUGUGGGCCACCGUUCUGGCUCUGAUCUGGUUAUACUCGUGUAGAUCAGGUGACCAGGUUGAGUGGCAGCUUGUGGCCAUGAAGGCGGCAUUGUGGAUCCGCUCUCAGAAACCGGAUGGCCUAUCGCAGUGUGUAUGUGAUGGGAACGUCCUGUUGGGAUGUCAUGUGACUGAAGACGUGCUGGGAAUCUGAAGACUGCAGAUUAAAUCACUCUUACUCUUUAUCAUAAACGUGUCUGUUUACGGUGACAGAGGGAUUUUUUUAUUUUAUUUUUUUUUUAGUUUAUGUAUGCUUUAGGGCCUGGCCCAAUUUCAUGUCAUUGUUUUAAAUGUGAUUCUAUGAUUCUAUUAGUGCUUCUUAAGAUAAUCUUAAGAACAUCUAAGUGUACUCAACUGUGCUAUUUUGAGACACCAUGAAUAUGGACUAAAAUGUGAUUUAAACAAACUAUCUCUGUAUUAAAAAAUGUAUUUAGCUACCACUUGUAGUAUACUAGUAGUAAAACUAGUUAGUUUUUAAAACUAUCCUAACCAACCUAAUCAACCUAACCACCUUUCCAACUUAACUAACCUAAUCAUCUAACUAACCUAAUCAAGCUAACCACCUAAUCUAGCCAACUUAAUCAACUGAGCCCCCUAACCAACUUAACCA